UCCAUAAGUGCUGCCUUCAGGUGCUCCACGUGUUUUACGACUUCUUAUUUACUUUCAUCCAGACAACGAAAUAGACGGGUUGUAAAUUGUUUUAGAGGAGUAAAAUUACUGAGAAAAACAAUGGCCCUAGUAUUUGUGUCACCUCUAGGAUGCUGGAAGUAGUUUCAAUUCGUGGUUUGCAAACAGGCGGAUAUUACAAUGAUGUAAGUUUAAAUAAACGUGAGACUUCAAGGCAGCGCUGUGGCGCCCGCAGCUCGCACAGCCUUUCCGACAGCACUUGAACGCAGCCGCAGCAGCAGCAGCAGCAGCAGCAGCGGCGCUCGGUCACAGAGCGGUGAGCGGGGAUGCCAGCCUGCGGUCUGCAAGGCCCCGCUACACAUCCAAGACCGAGGAGACAAGCAGGGGAAAACACCGUGGUCCUCUCCGCCCGCUGCUGGUCAGUCUGCUUUAUUUCAAGGCCGCAGGUCUUAGCGCUCGGACGCGGGUUCGCCCAUACCUGCCAUCCCGCACCUGCUCGAGGAGCUGCCGUGAUUUCCUGACUAGGUGAUUCGUCUCGAAGGGUUGGACGCCGGGGGAGGCAGCGCCGCCGUUGUUCGGUGUCACUUCCGGGCAAGCCGUCGGGGGAAUAAGCAGAUCACCUCGCCGGUGGUGAAGAAGAAGAAGCCCAUCAGCAUCGAUGCUUCGCGCGGGCAGGAUGGAGGAGUUUGUCACGGAGGAAGAGGAGCCUUGGUACGACCAGCGGGACCUGGAGCAAGACCUGCACUUGGCAGCAGAGCUCGGCAAGACCCUCCUGGAGCGCAACAAGGAGCUGGAGGACUCCCUUCAACAGAUGUACAUCAACAAUGAGGACCAAGUGCAAGAGAUAGAGUACCUGUCCAAGCAGUUGGAAAUGUUGAGGGAGAUGAACGAGCAGCACGCAAAGGUGUACGAGCAGCUGGAUGUGACUGCCAGAGAGCUGGAGAUCACCAACGAGAAACUGGUGCUGGAGAGCAAGGCCUCGCAGCAGAAAAUAGACAGGUUGACAGGCACCAUGGAGACCUUGCAGGGUCAGGUGGACAGUCUGACGGCUCGGGUGGAGGAGCUGCGAACUCUGGAGGAGCUGAGGGUCCGCAGAGAGAAGAAGGAACGGCGCAAGACAGUCCACUCCUUCCCCUGCCUCACAGAGCUCUGCACAGCACCAAGGUAUGAGGACGGUUUCCUGUUGGCCAACCCGGGCAGUGUUGACCUGGCUGAGAGACGGCCGGUGGACGAAGAGAACGGGCACCUGAGGGACAUCGUCUCGUCCCUGCGCUCAGCCAUGGCCACAGAGCGGUCCAAGAGGGAGAUGGCUGAGCGGGAGUGCGCUGCUGUGCUGCAGGAGUUUGAGCAUCUGGAACAGCGUCUCCUAGGAGCAGAGGGCUGCCAGCUGCGGGUUCGAGAGCUCGAGGCUGAGCUCCAGGAGAUGCAGCAGCUGAGGAAGUCCAGGAUGUGUCUGAUCGGGGACCUGGAAGACGGGCUAGAGACACUGCUGAGCAACGGCCCUGAGACAGACACCUUAGAGAUGAGCACGGGGCUGGAGGUGGGAGGUGAAGGAGGUGCCGGAGAGGCAGGGGGCACAGUACAGCAGGGGGGCCCAGUGAGGAAAAGCUGCAGCGACACAGCUCUGAAUGCAAUCUCAGCCCGUGAUGCCUCAGGUAGACGUCAGGGCAGCUACGCCCUCCAUGCCAACGGCGUGCGCAAACGGGGCAUGUCCAUCCUGAGGGAGGUGGACGAGCAGUACCACGCCCUGCUGGAGAAGUAUGAGGAGCUGCUGGGGAAGUGCAGGCGGCACGAGGAGAGCCUGUGCCACGCUGGGGUGCAGACCUCGCGGCCCGUCUCCAGGGACCCCUCCUUGAAGGAGUACAGCAUGGCCUCCGCAGGGCCUUCGACAUCAGGAGCCGGUGCCAGGCCUCCCACGCCCCCUCAGACUCCCUCCACCCCGGAGGCCCUGGAGGGGAUCAGCAGGCAGGUGGAGCAGGUGGACAAACGGCUCAGCCAGAACACACCAGAGUACAAGGCGCUGUUCAAGGAGAUCUUCUCCCGCUUGCAGAAGACCAAGAGUGACAUGAACUCCACCAAGAGCCGAAAGACUAACAAAUGAGCCGGAGCUCACCGUAACAGCAACUGACACCACAUGCAGUGGAAACAGUGAUUACGCAAGGGUGGAUGCCUGCAGUCAUGCAGUUGGAUGAUGGAUAAUACAUACUGUUAGCAGGGGAUGCCUCCAUUCGCGCUCUAGUCUGAAUAAUUUGAAGCUGCCAAAUGUUAUAAUUCACUACACGGAUAAGAGAUUGUUUCGAUGUGGAUGAAAUGCCUUUUGUAAGCGACUGUAACGGACAAAUAAUCAGAGCGCAGGGUCUUUUUUUCUGUCUAUGGACAAUCUAGUAUUUGAUGUAGUAUUUGUAACCGAGAUGUACUGAUGCAGAAAUGAUUUAACUAUUGCCAUUUUUAUUUAUGGAAAAUAAUUAAGCCAAUUCAUUAAUAUAAAAAGGAUAAAAACUGCCAUUGGCUUUGAAACUACACACAAUAUUUGAAGCAUGUAUCUAAUAAACACUAAGUGCUAGAUUGGCCUUUAAAAGCAGGUAAAAAAUAUUGCACAAGCUUUUGAGCAGCUUGAAGUGCUUAAAGAUGCAACACAGUGAUCUUGAGACUGUGUAUUUUGAGUUGGUUGGAUGGUGCAAAUCCUUCCAGACUGCCAAAGUGCACUGUGCAUAAGGGUUUGAUUGAGUUUUGUUUGCUUACACGAUUUAUUAUUGUGAAGGAGACAGCAUGCAUUAAAAGCUGCAGGGGCCAAAUCAUCCGAAUCUUUGUUUCUGGGAUUUGUUUGAUCAUUUUCAUGAAUGACAUUAUCAGUUCGACACUGUGUUAUCACAUUGUCAAAGUCACCCCUGUAGUAGUCCAUUUAAAAUGUUUUCUGUUAAUUAAAAUAAGAAUAUGUAUU